AUGCGAUGGAACUCCAUCUACAUCGCGACCUAUCAUAACAACAAAGAAGUUGUGGACGUCUUGCUGAGCUGCAGGGCAGAUAUAAAUCUGGCCUUCCACCACUGCCCGCCGCCACUGUUUGGUGCAGCUCAUACAGGGAAUGUGGAGCUGGUGCAAAAGCUACUAGCACAAAGGGCGAAUGUGAAUGAAAGAGCCAACUGGGAUCAAACCACCGCCAUUCUCCAGACUUCACUUUUUGGGCACACGGAAGUGGUGAAAGAGCUCAUUGCAGCUCGUGCUGAUGUGAACGUCCGACGUACGGACACUACAAUCAUGGACUGUGGAGCCACGUCGGUGCUUUUGGCUGCUAAGCGGGGUCACGCCGAGACAGUGAAGCUUUUGGUGGAGAGCCGGUGCAGUGUCAAUGCAAGCAACACAAAUUCAGAAAGUCCGCUGCUUGGAGCAACCUUGCACAACAAGCCCGAUACUGUGCAGGUGCUGCUGGAGAGCAGAGCUGAUCUUCAUCAACGAAGGGAGCAUGCAGACCUGCCCACAGCUUUGCAUGCUGCUGCGUCAAAGGACUCCCUCGAGAUUGCUCAACUGCUUAUAAUUUCCAGAGCUGAUCUGACAUCCGUGUCUCCUGCCGGGCAAGUGGUGCUGGCUGUGACCAAAGUUGAGGCCUGUGCGCCCCUCUUAGAGGCGGCAGCCCAGGAGGCCAUCGCGAGGGUCAGCGAUAUCCAGCCCUCGCAGAUGAUGCUGCUCAUGCAGGGCCUGUUGCCACUUGGUGGUGAGCAUCCUGCACUCAACAAGAUGGCAGACAAUUGGGCCGCAAGCUUCUAUGAAGCUACGAGGCUGGAGGGCCUUCUUGGUCCAGACAAGAUAGAGCAGAGGCGGCAGGACCUCGAAGCGAAAGGCCAGCUCUCGGCCGAUCAGCUUUCGAAGCUCGCGCUGGUGGUAGCACCCGUGAUGCCCCACCACCAGUCUUUCUGGAACGCCUUGGGCAAGCGUCUCCGCGAGAUGCCGGAGGACCUCAGCGACCUCGGCGUGGCAAAUUUGAAGGCCGCGUUUCCAGGUGGCGAAGGCCCCGACUUCGAGAAGAAGGAGAAAAUCCUGAAAAAGGCCUACAAGGAGGGCGGGGGUGCAGCAAAGGAGAAGAAGAGAAAGGAGGAGGACAAGGAAAAGGACAAAGACAGAGAUCGUGACAAAGAGCCCCGGGAGCGGUCUCGUGACCGAGACCGGGAUCGAGACCGUGACCGGGAUCGAGAUCGCGAUCGCGACCGAGAUCGGGACCGGGAUCGUGACCGGCAGCGCGAUCGGGACCGGGACAGAGACGCGAACGGCGACACUGCACGGCUGAGCCCGGCCGAGCGGGAGAAGCUGAAACAGCAGGAGGAAGUGGACCGGCAGAAAAGGCAGCAGCAAGAAGACCAGCGCCGCAUCGUGGAGCGGGAGCGGAUGUUGGACCCCUUGGCUGCAAAGCUGCUGAGUGCCAUGGCCCAAGCAGCUCGCGUGGAGUUCUUGGCCGAUGGCCCGAGGGCGGAAUACCACGUGGAUGCUGUCAUCGAGGUGAGCCGUUGCCUGAAUGGCGAGACGCUGACGCUGCGACCGGUCGGCCCUUUGAGCUACUUCCGGUUCUUGCUCAGUCUCUACCAGACGGCGACAGACUUUGAGGUGGUGCUCGUCUCUCACUUCGAGCUACUUCCUCCGCCAGCGUUGGCGGAUGAGGCCUGGGCUUGCAUGGACGUGGAGUGGGAGUUCACUCUCUUCAACUGGAAGUCCGUCUUGUGCGGCGUCUCGCAUUCUGUCUCGGGGAAGCAGACCUUCUCCUCCCAUGAAAGGGUUGAUCCGCUCCAUCCCUUCAUCGUCAUGGACCAGGAGGAUCUCACGCGAGAGAGGGGAUGGCUGAACGAGAAGGAUCAGAUAAGACUGCGGGGCGCUGUGAAACUUCCCCUGCCUCUGGCAGGUUUGAGCGAACCCUUGGACUCGUUCGACUUCUCCGAGGAGAUGACUAAGGUGACCUUCCGCCUGGCCGAUGGGUCACGCCUGUUUUAUGACCGUCGGCUGCUGGUCGCACGCUCUGAAUACUUCCGGGAAAUGUUGGAGCCCAGCUGGAAGGAAGGACGCACCAAUGAGGUCGACUUGAGUGGUGAUCCUGAGGUGGAGCCUCGCGCCUUCAGCGCCUUGCUGAUGUACCUCAUGUCCGACUCCUUCUCUUCCAAGGGGGACAUCAACUUCGCGUUUGCCGUGCGUCGCCUGGCCGACCGCUAUGGUCUAAUGCAGCUGGUGGACAUGGUCGAAGAGGAAUUGGAGGGCGGUCCAGCUACGCCUAGGAAGAGGCGACACAACAAAGGUAAGCUUCGGCACAAGACGGACGAAGAUUUGGAGCGUGAAAAGGAGAAGGAGCGGCAGAAGGAGCUCGAGCGUCGAAGAGAGGCGAAACGACAGCUGGAGCGCGAGAAGGAGGAGAAGAGGAAAGAGAAGAAAGCCAAGAAAAAGGAGAAGAAGGGCAAAAAGGGAGAGAAGAUCAGCAGCGAAAGCAGCGAUGGUGGGAUCACUCUAACAGGUCUUGUCGGCGGAACGCCAAUGUUAGCGCAGGAGGCCAAAGCCGCUUCCGCAGCCGCUAGAUCUGUGGACUUGGAUCUCGACGAGCUGCUAGCGACCAUUGAUUUAGAUGGGGAUGCCACCAUCGAGCUCGAUGCUGUGCCGGCACGAAGGACAAAACCGGCAGCCACGGCAGAAAAGCCGCAGAAUGUUGCCAUCGAGCUAGAUGCCGCGCCGGCGCCAAAGAAAGCAAGAGGCAACACCAAAGAAAAAGCUCAAGAUGGCGCGAUAGAGUUGGAUGCUGCGCCGGCACCGAAGGAAGCCGCGGGGAAAGCCGCAGCGAGUCCACCGGACGUUGCCAUCGAGCUGGAUGCUGCGCCGGCACCAGCAGAAACAGCAAAGGAGCAAGCGAAGGUUGCCACAUCGCAGGAUGCUGCACCUGUGGAGACGAAAACAGCGGACAACUCUGUUGACAAGCCGCCGGAAGCUGCCAAUUUGCCGACUGCUGCGCCGGUACCGAAGGAACCGGCAGACACGACCAUAGAGCAGCAGAAGGAGGCUGCCACGACCCAGGAUGCUGCGCCUCUGCCGAAGGAAGCAGCAAGCAACAUUGUGGAGCAGUCAGCAGAUGCUGUCACCCAGCUGGAUGCUGCGCAGAAGCCGACGGAAGCAGCAGGUAGCAACUCAGACGGUGCAGCAGCUGCGGCACCGCCACCAGCGGCACCAAACACGGUGUGCCCGGCAGAGGAUGGUGCGAAGGCGGCGGCGCUGCCGCCAGUGGAGCCGAAAACGGACGUCGCCAUAGACAUUGAUCUCGACGAUGCGCCAGCGCCGUCGAAGACACUGGCGACACCAGCAGAUGCCAAGGCGGCAGCGCUGCCGCCAGCGAAGCGGAAGGACACCGCCAUAGACAUUGAUCUCGACGAUGCGCCUGCGCCGACAAAGACGGGGGCGACACCAGCAGAUGGCGCCAAGGCGGCGGCGCUGCCGCCAGCGGAGCCCAAGGAUGUCACCAUAGACAUUGAUCUCGACGAUGCGCCUGCGCCGACGAAGGUGCUGGCCGGUCCAGCAGAUGGUUCCCCUCCAGUCGCGGCGCCGAAACCGGCGCCACGAAAACGGCGGAGGGCCGAGGAAGUUGAGGUGGUCGAGGUAACUCCCACCACGGAGAAGGCUGCCCCACGACGGCGGAAUAGAGGGCAGAAGGCAGCAAACGAUCCGAUCGACAUCGACUGA